AAAGCGUGUUGUAGGUCUCUAUGGCGACGGCCCUAUUAAACCUUUUAGUGCUGUAGAGGGACCAGAAGCAGAUUAUGUGCACAGGUGUAGCUCCGCAAACCACCAGACAUUAUGUGGGCCGGUAAGAUGGAGUGAUAAGAACAAACAACCCGGCUGGAUGUGCUCUAUCACCCCUUUUAAUUCAACAAGAAUACUACGCAAGAACCUGCUGGUGAGAAGAUCAUGAGUGAGGUGGUUUGCACAAAGUCCCAGGAGGAAUAUGAGGAUGACUUUGAGAAGGAUCUGGACUGGCUGAUCAGUGAGGAAAGCCGGAGUGAGGAUCAGGGACCUGAUUAUGGGGACAUAGAAGCAGAAAUUGACAAAGAACUGGAGGAGGAUGAGAAACAGCAAGAAAUGAAACGAAAACUGAAAAGCCAGAAGGGAGAUAAGAGAGGCAACAAAACAGAGGAAGAUGAAGACAGGUGGCCCUCCCCUAUGGAGCCAAUAGAGUAUGAUUCAGACAGAGACAGCCCGAUUAAGUCCACACCUUUAGUCCCACCUCCUCCAGAGAUGGACGACCAGACAGAUGAGGAGAAGAAGUACAUUUUGGAGAAGAUCCAGCAGGCUAAUCGGGAACUGGAGGACCAGGAGGCUCCAGAUAUGACAAGGCGCAGGCGGCUGCAUUUUAAAGAGAAGCUGGUGGAUCUGGUGGUGCCUCCAUUGCAGUUUGAGAAAGAUGGCAACAGUGGUGAGCUGGAAAGGGGGAAGGGCAGCAAGGACAGAGCCAAGGAUUCAGAGGCAGAGACUGAAGUUUCGGGGAAGCUUUCCGAAUUAAAACUUUCCCCUCGGAAUGAAAGUGCAGGAUCUGGAAGGUUUGGCAGAACUGGGGAGCGUGAUGAGGGAGGGCAGGGGGUAAAGGAGGGCAGAGUCCUUGUAGAAAAGGAUGGCAAGUUUGACCUGGUUAGCCUGAACGAGGUGGAGAGUCAAGGAUUUCUCCCUCCUAUCGCAAACAACAGCGACUACUCACACUCCCUCCCGCAUCCCCAGGAACAGACUGUGAGCUCCAAAAAGAUCCACAAACCCUCCUCCUCCUCCUCCUCCUCCUCGUCUCCUCGUCUCCAUGCUGGCUCUUCCCCCUUCCAGCAAGGCAUUGAUCACCUCCGUGCCCCCAGACCUCCAGCUCAGCCCAGGAGCAGGCCCAGCUCAGCCAGCCACAGCCAGAGAGGCAGCCAGAGACAUGGAAGCAAGCGGCGGGUGCAGUCAGCCACCGGGACAACCUGCCAGGCCACCUACACCCUCUCCCCCCAGCAGAAACAACUGCUGCAGAGGAUACAGGAGAGGAAGGAGAGGGUGGCCAGAGAGGCAGAGGAGAGGAAAUGUGAGGAAGAAGAGCAGAAGAGGCAGGAGAAUGAAUUGGCAUUUAAGGCCUGGCUGAUGAGGAAGAGAGAGCAGUUUCGGGAGGAGAAAAGAGUCCACCGAGCUCAGGAGAUGGAGAGGAUGAGUUCCAAGAGAGACACCAGCGACCCAGAGGAGUCCUUCAGGCUGUGGCUUCAGAGGAAGCAAGAGCAGCAGCAGAAACAGAGACAACUGGAGGAGCUGAAGAGGCUCGAGGAGGACAGUAGCUACCUCUUACGUAGCCGCGAGGAGUGUGAACAUGCCUUCAAACUGUGGCUGAAGCGGAAACGGGAAGAGAAGCGAGUGGAGCAGCAGGCGGCUCGAGAGCGCUCCCGUAGGUUGGUGCUGGAGGAGCGAAGAGCGCGACGCAUGAGGGACCUGCUGUGUACUGUCAAUGAAACCAAGCCAUUCAGAUUCACCGAACAGCUGUCGUACCGCUUCUGAACCCAACAAAUCCAACAUGCCCGUUGAAUUCACUCAACUCAGUCACCUCAUAUGACCCUCUUCAAACAAGCUGGUUUAGCUUCUAUGUUGAUGCAACUGUUAACCACAGACUGGAUGAGAGAAAACUUGGUGUGGAGCAUAAGAAAGAGUUUAUUCUAUGUUCAGUUGUGGCUACAGUUUUAUCAUGUGUUAAAAAAAAGUUUACCGCAGUGACCUCUACUCAGCGUGAGCACACCUGGGUAAAUAAUUCAUCCACAUUAACUUAAGGCGUGAUAAAAUGUAUUUAAUACAUGAUUUUAUAUUGUGUUUACUUUGAGUAGUGGCAGAUGCACUUUAAACGGACUCUUCUUAAAUACAAGAGCUGAAUCACGCGUUACUGUAUGCCUUUUGUCAGGGUGUUUGGUUCCAUAGAUAUAGAAGGAUAUGUUCAGUUUUGAAACAGAUAACUUGAAUGGAUGAAACUGUAAAUGAAUUAAACUAUAUAUCUGUAAGAGAAAACAAUUAUUAGUAAGUAUACCUGGCUGUUUGAGAGACAUGAAACUGUUUCUUAAAAAAGCCAUUUUUCUUUGAAUCAAAUGAAUGACUGAUAUUUUAUCUCAUCCUGAAUAAGAUCCAUCCAUCCAUCCAUCCUUUUCUAUUGAACUCUUGAACCCUAUCCCAGCUGACUACAGGCGAGAGGUGGGGUACA